AUGAAAAUCAUGGCGGAUGCAAAUAAAACAGUCAACUGCUAUGAGUACGUUCAUGAGGAUCCCUACAAGUGAGUUUUUGGUCUUUUUUACUUCCGCGUUCUGCUUCUCCCAACCAGAUUUUCCCUUCUGAUCAUCAUCUUCAAAUCGAGUUAAACUUGCAUUUUUUGGAGCAAAACCCACACAAUAUUAGAUCAAAUGCUUCCUUUUUCCCUGAGUUUCUCGCCCAACAGCUUUUGCCAGAAUGCGUUGAAACCUAUCGCGAUUCGAAAGUUCUCAGAAUGUAGAGGUUUUAGUUGGAUGUGGGAUUCAAAUCCUUGGACAUAACAUAUUCUUUUAGAGUUGUAAAACUUUCUUUGUUGUUGUUGGAUUUCUUUUCUGGGCGUUAACAUCACAGGCGUAUUUAGUAUAUGAUUGAAACAAGAUUCAAAACUUUCGAAUGAAAAAGCCUUUUUGGCUAGUUUUCAUAAGAUAUUGAGGAAAAAAAAGAUCAAAAGAUACUCAGCAAGCCUCGCAUCUUCUCUUACUGAGAGUGCAGCCAAGAUUUUAACCUUUUCCCCAAAGAAGUCGGCUUUCUUGUUUCCAAUUUAUUAAAACUUUUGUGUAACAGCAUCUUAAUCCUAGCGAAGUUUAAAAAAGUCCUUCGUGGUGCCUUAAUUAUGGUCCUUUUCCGUUCAGACAUUCCUCACUUAGGCCUACCACCCAACAAAUUGCUAACUCAACUUGCAGAACUUUCGCCCAUGUGGUCAACGGCUACAUGUCGACGGGAUGUGUCCUACUCGGCACUAUCGGCAACAUGCACGGAGUCAAGAGCGUCCACAUGACCAACCUCGACAAGGUGGUUCUUGGAUUGCUUUGGAAUAAUAGGAAGACGUCGGUUGCAGAACCGAGGAGUCGUUCUGGCAGUUUCAAUGCUGGCCUUAGCUUUUUGGGACACUAUCCUCUUGUGGUGCGCGUUCAUGUACUACGGAGUCAAGCAGCUGCCGAUGGAUUUCGAGACAGACGUGUUGAACUUGCUGACGCCCUGGUUCCACGCCUUCUCUCAGAUAGCCAACACCGCAUCGGUAGGACUCCCGAAGCUCUUUCUUCCCAAAGAAAUGGUUAAGAUUUGGUGCGUCGUCGCGAUAACGUUGCAGCGGUUCAUGGCUACUCGGGAUCCGUUCCGCACCUCUAGGUUUCCUCUGAAUUCUACUUCUCUUCAACCUCUCGUUUCAGGUCAACGACGGUUAUUCAGUCCUUCCGAAGUGAACGUCGCAUAUCCUUCAUCUAUUGUUCCACUUACAGGAGGCUCUUCAGGUUUCUUUUUGAUCAUUAUCUAAGCUAUAUUCUGUUUUCAACUUUUUUUUUACUACAAUAAUCAAAAGAGGAUCUAAAAGUGCAACUCUAGAGGUUUUCUAGUUGAAGCAGCCUUUUGCAGAAUGCCGUUUGUCUUGUCGAUUUGCGCCGUUCUACUCAACUUCCCCUCGUUUUUCGAGAUACACACCGUACCUUGUUACAGUACACGGCUUCACAGAAUGUCUGUGAAUGUGAGGAGUUCCAAAGAAGUUUUUACCAAAGUCCCAAUCAGUUGAGACCAACGUGGCUGCGACUCGAUCCAACCUACACAAUGUACCGGCUGCUGUCCAGGAUGGUGGUCAUAUCGAUCGGACCAAACAUCUUCAUUUUGUGCGUUACUCUGCUCACUGUCUUCAUCCUCCGGGGCUCCAACAGAUCGCGACGGCAGCUCUUUCAAAUGAGCGACAACCUCCUUGAGCGCUACGCUUCCAGGUGCUCCACUGGGUCUUUUCUUUCCAUUUCCUUCUUUUGCAGAGAAAAUAUGCAAACGAUGAUUUCCAUAAUGCUUGUCACUAAAUUUCUCUGUUUCCGGAGCCUGACAUUCGCGGUUUGUUGUCCAAUGAAUCUGUAUCCAAGAAAUGUAUCCUUCAGUUGGACAUCAUGGAGGUCACGGUUGGAGUCACCAACUAUUAUCUUAUCGACAUAAGCAAUUUCCUUGUUCUUGUCAAUAGUGCCACCAACUGUCUCAUCUUUCUGAAGGCGACAUCCUGGCUCAACAGUCGUUUCGCCGAGAGACAAACAAUCAAGCGCAAAAAGACCAUCUGUGAUUCGGGGUGAGGAGGUAGUUCGAGGAACGAUGAGCUCAAAGCUAACUAUAUUUUUCUUCCCUUUUCAUAAAUUUCAAAAGAUUGAUUUCGAAUGAAACCUCUGGCUCUAGGGCUUUAGUUGCAGACAACUGCUGGGCGACCGGCUGACAAUCCUCAACAACUCGUGGCAACAGGCUCUAUGCACCACGAAUGGACAGUUGGGGCUUCGCGUCUUGUACUCGAUGCUCAGAAAACAUCCUCCGCUGUUCAACGUCAUCAAGAACGCGAACAACGCCGAAAGAGUAGGAUAAUCAAUCGUUUCGAGAGCUGAGUCAGCCUUCAGAGCAACGAGCCUGAGAUGGUGUCGUUGCUGACGAAUGGCUCGUGCCGACGGAGCUUCGACCUCAUAACAAACAGCAAAUAUCAAGAAGUCGCCGACAGAAUCACGACCUUCAUCACGGAGUUGCUCCAACUGACAAGCACUGCCCAGCCGGAAACCGUGAGGCUUUUUUUCCAUUGUGAACAUUUAACACGCUGUCUCUGUAAUUUUCGAAAUUUUCUCAAAAACAGCGGGUACAGAAAAAAAAAAUAUUUUUUGAUUUCAAUGAAAUUUCAACCAGUGUUAUCAUAUGACGUCAGGAUUGCGGACACGGUUUUUUGAGCCAUUUCCUCCAACCGUAACCGGGUUACGGUAGGAAGGUGGUCACUUGCGUAUCUAAGAAUUGACAAGUUUUCUCUAGGCAAGUUGUAUAUCAAUCGAUAGGUAAUGCAAUUUUAGGGAUUUUUUCAAUACAUACCAUCUCGGGUUACUGUAGGAUUUUGAGAUACGGUACUUUUUGUGUUCGCGACUUUGGUUUUUUGGUCACCCUACUCACAAUAGUUAUUUGCCGUUAAAGUUACCUCUCUAAAAGAUGUGUUAGGUUAUUAUCUUCAAAAAAAUACCACAUUGAAAAAAUUUCGAGAUACCCAUCAUGUCGCAAAAUCGCGCCGAACGCGCGCAACUCGGGGUCCCAGCGUUUAGACUCGCCUUGGAUGAUGAAAUUAAAAUUUUGCUAAAUUUCGCUAAAUCACAUCGAGAAAAAAUUUAGGAACGUUGUAAAAAUGAGGAAAAAAAAUGAAGUAGGUAUUUUAAUACUUAAUUAAAAACUAAAUCCUUUGAUAAGUUUGAAAAAAAAUUUUUUUGUUGUUUUCAAUUUUUUUCCUUUAAUAUUUGGAAUGAAUUUGAAAAAAAGGUGAAAAAAAGUUCUUUUCUAGUAUUCCAUGCAUUCAGCAACUGUUCCUUGUAGUUUUUAUUAUGUUUUUUUCGAAUCUGCGUUCGAAUUUUGUUUUGUUUUUCCUAUGGAAAGUUUAAAAAAAAACUCUUGAUUGUCUUUGAAAAAAAAAAUAUAUAUUGGUGUUUUUUUUCUACUUUACAAAAUGUGAAAAUGUUAUUAUAACUUAAAGGACAAUAUGAAAUUACUGGUAGGAAAGAUGACAAAAUAAUGAGAAAAUAGAGAAAAGUGCAGCGGCUCCUCAAACCGUGGGCCGUGCUUGAAUUACAUGGUUUCGUAAAAAAUGAAAUGAGUUUAUACGUUAGAAAACAAAUGAAACUUGAGGAAAGUAACGAGUUGCCAAUACUCCCGCAAAAACAGUUUACCAGUCACUAGAUACCUACAGUAGCCGUGCGAUCACGGUCCGUGGCACGGAUUCUGACUAAAUCGACUAAAAGUCGAUACUUUUUCGUGCAAGUUCAGUGAAAUUUCUGAUUUUAAAACUACAAAAAAAAACUGACUUCUUCUUUUUAAUUCCAAAAAAUGAACAUCAUUUGUGUCACUAUUGUUGUUAGCAAGCUUGCGAGGAACGCAAAAACCCAGUUCCAGACUGUAUAAGCAAAACAAUAUUUUCAAUUAGAAUCUUCUAAUUUUCACUUUCUGAAAAUUCACUCUCAAAUUUUUCGCAAAUAACAGUUUCGGAAAUGAGUCAAGAAAUUUCACUUAUUUCCUAGGCAAAAAAGACGGAGUUUCAUUGAUUCAGUAUAUCAUUAUGCGGAUUCGUCGCGUGGGAGCCAUCCACUACGACAAGGGCAUCCAGUUCCCUUCGUCCGUGUGGAAAGAGUUCAAGAGCAGCCUGAUAACCAUAAUCUCGGAGUGCGACUUCCCCUCACAAACGGUCCGUUCCUUCCUCAACUAUGUUCAAAAAGUUGACCAGUUUCAGGAAAGAGACGCGGCGCUUGAUGCAUGGAACAUCUUCAUCUCGUUCAUAAUCCGAGAGAUGAAGAUGGGAACGUGGGCGAUUGGGGACACUCUCGGCCAGAUGCCUUGA